CAGAGGUCGCAACGCCCCGCCGCUGACAGGCAGCGAGGCGAACACCCGCGCCAGGCCCCGCGGCGCGUCACGGCCCGCGGCGGCUGCGGCGGCGACUUCCCAGCUUCCCCCCCCCCCCCCACCCCGCGCCCGUCGCACGCACGCGUACUGCGCCCAGCAUGAGGGUCGCCGCUCUGAUCAGUGGUGGGAAGGACAGCUGUUAUAAUAUGAUGCAGUGCAUUGCUGCUGGGCAUCAGAUCGUUGCUUUAGCAAAUCUAAGACCAGCUGAAAACCAAGUGGGGUCAGAUGAACUGGAUAGCUACAUGUAUCAGACAGUGGGUCAUCACGCCGUCGAUCUGUAUGCAGAAGCAAUGGCUCUUCCCCUCUACCGCCGUACCAUAAGAGGAAGGAGUGUGGAUACGGGACGAGUGUAUACCGAACGUGAAGGUGAUGAGGUUGAAGAUCUCUAUGAGCUUUUGAAACUUGUUAAGGAAAAAGAAGAAGUAGAGGGGAUAUCAGUAGGUGCUAUACUUUCUGACUAUCAGCGUGUUCGAGUAGAAAAUGUGUGUAAAAGGCUUAAUCUCCAGCCUUUAGCUUACCUUUGGCAGAGAAACCAGGAAGAUUUGCUCCGAGAGAUGAUAUCAUCUAACAUUCAAGCAAUCAUCAUCAAAGUAGCAGCUUUGGGUUUAGAUCCAGAUAAGCAUCUUGGAAAAACCCUGGAUCAAAUGGAACCUUAUCUCUUAGAGCUUUCUAAGAAGUAUGGAGUCCAUGUUUGUGGAGAAGGUGGAGAGUAUGAAACGUUCACUUUGGAUUGCCCUCUAUUUAAGAAGAAAAUAAUUGUGGAUGCAUCAGAAGUGGUCAUACAUUCAGCUGAUGCAUUUGCACCUGUUGCUUAUCUACGCUUUUUGGAAUUGCACUUGGAGGACAAGGUGUCCCCAUUGCCUGACAACUGCAGAACAUCUAAUUAUAUACAUAAUUCUUAAAAAGCAUUUUUGGGCAUUGCUUACUAAACUGCCAUUUAUGGAAAAAAUUACAUAGUAUUUUCUCAAUUA